AUGUGGGUGCUGCUUAUGCUUGCUCUGGCGGCGGCCGCCUCCGCCGACUGUCCGCGACAUUGUGAAUGCAAGUGGCGCAGCGGGAAAGAAUCUGCCCUGUGUGCUCGUGCCGGCCUCACUUCUAUCCCGCCGCGCCUUGAUCCCACAACGCAGUUACUGGACUUAGCCGAGAAUCGUUUACUUACUAUUAGAGACGAUGCCUUUGCCGCUGCAGGUCUCCUUAAUCUUCAACGCCUCUAUGUUCCCUCUUGCAAUGUCCGAACUAUACGGCAAUACGCUUUUCGCGCACUUGUGAAUCUCGUUGAACUAGAUCUCUCCCGCAAUCGUCUCGAAACAAUACCAUCACAUUCGUUUGAUUCAAUCCCAGAGCUUAGAGAACUGCGACUCGGUGGUAAUCCCAUUACGAAAGUUUCGGACGAAUCCUUUAUAGCUCUUCCCCAUCUAGUGAGACUUACACUGAGUGCUUGCAAAAUAGCCGAAAUAGAACCACGAGGAUUCGCAGGACUCGAGUCUUCUUUGGAAUAUUUGGAGCUUAGUAAAAAUCGAUUGCAAGUACUACAUGUGGCAGUUUUAGCGUCGUUACGAUCUUUGAAAGGUUUAGAACUAGCGAGUAAUCCAUGGGAAUGUACUUGCGCACUAAGACCAUUGCGAGAUUGGAUGAUAAGAAAAAAUGUUCCAGCAACUGUCGUACCUGAAUGUGCACUGCCCCCUCGCCUUAUGUCUCAGUCUUGGGAUCGAUUAGAUCUAGAGGAUUUUGCUUGUCGUCCUGAAGUAAGUGCAACCUCGGAUCACUUUAAAGGCACCGAAGGUGAUGAAAUAACCUUAGUAUGUCGAGUGAAUGGAGUUCCGGCACCGAGGGUACGAUGGGUGCGGGCAGGACGUUUACUCGCCAAUACUACUGCAAAUAAUGUCAAUUCUGGUAGAGCUUUUAUGUUACGUAGCGAAGGACAAACAAGUAAUUUGACUAUAAAGUCAGCAGAUUUACAAGACGCAGGAUCUUACACGUGUAACGCUGAGAACCGUGCUGGUAAAGCAGAAGUAGUGUUAAGUUUAGCCAUAGAAAAGAAACCAGAAAAUAAAAGUUUUGGGGGCCGUGCCCUAAUGGCGGGAAUGGCGGUGUCCGCAGUUAUAGUGUUAAGUUCGUGUUUAGUAGGUUUAUGUGUAUACGAGACUCGUAAAAAAAGACAAUUAGAUAGAUGGAAUGAACAGAUAGUGACGUCAAAUCAUCGUGAUGAUAGUUACGAAAAAAUGGAAGCUAAUUUUAAAAAUAAUCCCGAAAUGCAACGGGUUAUAUCUGCUGACAGUGCUCGUAAAAGAGGGGACUAUAGAAACGUGCCAUCACAUGACCCGGAAGAUGAAUUUGAAGGGUAUAUCAGAGGAGAAAUGAGAGAAGACAGGGAAUGCUCGGUUUCACCACCUCAAGAAGCCGGAUGGAGGAGGGUGGACUUCGAAUCGUCAAACACGAGGGGCAGUCUACCUGAACGAGAUUUGCACAUACCGCGGUUCAGCAACUAUAAUUUACGAUCCGAUGCUACGUCAGAUUCAGUACAAAGUUCUAAUUCAACGGGAAUUAUGAGUGCACAUAUAGAAAUACUGUCUGAAAAUAGUCGGUAUAACAAUAAUAGCCGUACUUGUCCACGCACCCGGCCACGUGAGCGGCUAGACAAUGACUUGUCUGGUAGUGACAGUGAGAAGAAUUAUCCAGAUCUCAUUGAAAUGAGCGCUCUUGGUACCUCUUCCUACUUACGGAGUGAACUGAAACAUGACCCUAACUAUUUUUACACAAUACCACGAAAAAAAGACGGAGACAGUCGAAGCCCACUUCUGAAUAGCCGUAGAAAUAGUUCAGGUGCGGACUCAGCAAGUUUCUUGGAUAGGUCAUUUGAAAAGAGUCGGCAGAGAGCUGGAAGACGUUCAAAUAGUUUUUUAGAUCUUUCCACGGGGGGGAACAGAAUACGUCGCAAUCCUAGUUUACCCGCAUCUCCAUCGAGAGAACAGCCAACCGUUCCUUCGGCAACGCCACUUUUAGAUUUGUCGGGACUUCGCGAUUAUUCUCGUACUGGACAACCGUUAGAGGAUUUUGAUUUCCGAGCUUCACAACUCGAAAAAUUUCUUGAUGAGUAUAGAACUUUGAGAGAACAGCUUUCAAGGAUGAAAGAAACUAGAGAAAAUUUACAGCGAAAUCGAGCCGGAGAGAACGAUGAACUUAGGUCAAUUUUAAAACCAAAGCCAAGCAUAGCUGUCACAGAGACGUCUUCUUCGGUAGCUUUAGCAGAUGCUGCAUCCCCAUUGGCUUUAAGCCCUUCGGAGUACAAUAAGGCAUCACAGCCUAGACCAGAGUGGUUGACGUCAUUAUUUUAUCGUAACUAA